AUGACAACAACCGAGAAAAUUGAAAAGGAAUUGGAAGAGGUGAAGAAGGAAUACGAAGAGACAAAGAAAGAUGGUGAUAAUAUGGAAAAGAUGUUGAACGAAUUGAAGGUGAAGUUGGAGAAUGAAAAAUGGAAAAGUGGUGAACAAAAGAAAACGUGGGAGGAGCAGAGAAACAGAUUAAUCGAUGAAAAGAAGAGGCUGGAAGAGGAGAG